CGCCCCCAGCUCCGCCCGGGCCGCGCGCCCCGCAGGACCCAGACUCGCCCUGCCCCCUCGCCACCGCCUCCCGCUGCCACCGCAGGGGCGAGCUACGCGACACCCCCCCUCGGACCCCCAUCCCCCCAAUUAAAAAAAAACAAAAACGACCCUGACCUUUGCCGGCCUCCCGGGUCCACCCAGGACUCGGCAGCCUCAGGCCUCGGCCCGACGCGGGGACUGCGGGGCGGCAGGGCGCCGGGCCAAAGGCGGGGCGGGGCGGGCGCGGGGACCUUUAAGAGGCGCUGCCGCCCGGGUGCCCCAGACGCGAGCAGCGCCGCCGCGGGACUCGGCAGCCCGCAGCGCUCCGGCUCCUCCUCCCGCGACCGCGCUCCGCAGCGAUGGACGGAGACGGUGACCCAGAGAGCGUGGGCCAGCCGGAGGAGGCCAGCCCUGAGGAGCAGCCGGAGGAGGCGUGCGUGGAGGCCGAGGAGGAGCAGCCUGGGGAGGAGGCGGCGGCGGGCGAGGAGGCGGCGGCCGCGUACCUGGCGGAGCUGCCCGAGCCGCUGCUGCUGCGCGUGCUGGCAGCGCUGCCGGCCGCCGAGCUGGUGCAGGCCUGCCGCCUGGUGUGCCUGCGCUGGAAGGAGCUGGUGGACGGCGCCCCCCUGUGGCUGCUCAAGUGCCAGCAGGAGGGGCUGGUGCCGGAGGGCGGCGCGGACAACGAGCGCGACCACUGGCAGCAAUUCUACUUCCUGAGCAAGCGGCGGCGCAACCUGCUGCGCAACCCGUGCGGGGAAGAGGACUUGGAGGGCUGGUGCGACGUGGAGCACGGUGGGGACGGCUGGAGGGUGGAGGAGCUGCCCGGAGACAGUGGGGUGGAAUUCACCCACGACGCAAGCGUCACGAAGUACUUCGCCUCCUCCUUUGAGUGGUGUCGCAAAGCCCAAGUCAUUGACCUGCAGGCGGAGGGGUACUGGGAGGAGCUGCUGGACACCACCCAGCCGGCCAUCGUGGUGAAGGACUGGUACUCGAGCCGCACCGACGCGGGCUGCUUGUACGAGCUCACGGUGAGGCUGCUGUCGGAGCACGAGGACGUGCUGGCCGAGUUCAACAGCGGGCAGGUGGCGGUUCCCCAGGACAGCGAGGGCGGCGGCUGGGUCGAGAUCUCCCACACCUUCACCGACUACGGACCAGGCGUCCGCUUCGUCCGCUUCGAGCACGGGGGCCAGGACUCCGUCUACUGGAAGGGCUGGUUCGGGGCCCGAAUGACCAACAGCGGCGUGUGGGUGGAGCCCUGAGUGCGCCCUCCGGCUCCCCCGGCCGCCCUGGGGCCGGGCCGGGUGGACAGGCCUUAACUUAGUCGUAGCACCCUCGCCUAGCCCAUGCCUGACACCCGCCGCUCUGCCGCCCGUGCACAAGUCCAGCCCCGACGGCGGGGGGACUUUGCUGGCUUGCGUUUGCUUCUGUCGGCGCCUCGUCGUCGCCGGCCGCUUCUAGAGUGUGAGAUCCCAGGGGGCGCGGGCCCGCUGCUGAAUCCCCGCACCCAGCACCGUGCCUGCCACAAAGUGGGUGCAAAAUAAAUAUUAUUUGUCCAAGGAAGGAAUGAAUGAA